AGGGGCGGACUGACCAUUUGAGCACUCGGGCACUGCCCAAGGGCCCAGGGUCAGUAGGGGGCCCCAUGAAAUGCCCCUGGUACCUUUUAUAGGCUUUUUAUGAGUGCUUUUUUGAGUUUGGGCAAGGACACAGGGGCCCCAUGAUCCCCUAUUGCCCAGGGGGCCCCAUGAGUUGUCAGUUCGUCCCUGGACAUGAUGCAUUAUCCUGCUGGAAGGAGCCAUCAGUAGAUGGGUACACUGUAAUCAUAAAGGGAUGGACAUGGCCAGCAACAGUACUCAGGUAGGUCAUGGCGUUUAACC